AUGAAGGCACCUGCAGCGCAUGUCCCAGUGAAGCGCAUUGCGGAUUCCAGGCCAAAUGAGCGACUCAUGGCUUUAUUCAUUGCCCAGCUAAGGAAGCGUCUUGCGGAGUCGACAAGCCUGGAUGAGUUUAAUAAUUGGAUGAAUGAACAAUAUCAGGCUUUGGAAGCCUCACUGUUGGAGCCGCAAUCGCUGCGACCGCUUGUGGAUGCAGUUGGUGAGGCCGUCCUCACCCCGACGUCUCAGGAAACGCUAACAGAGUGCGGUGACGAAUACAUUGAACACGGGGUUUACUGGGCCCCGGAGACGCAAGGGAAUCCAUGCACCACAUUUUCUUCAACGACGGAAUCAUUCCGUGUGAACACACCAGCGAGCAUUGGGAAAUUAAAUCGAGCUUCCCCAAGAGCAGCAAACGCUGCCGAAACCAAUACACAAAACUUAUUGCAGCAUGAAAUGAAUAGGCUUUUGCUGUCACCAAGAAGUACCGGUCCUGGUGAGGACGUCAAAACCGAAAAGGAAGCACUUUCCGUUCUUCAACUGUCAUCUGUGUGGGCACCAAGCAUUUUUCACCGUGGUAUUGCGAAACCACUGGGCCGCGGCAAACCGUACCGCGGGAGCGAAACCAACCCGCUCGGAUUUGGCGACAGUCACGGCAGCGAAAACCAGUCGUAUUCAAUACUCCCAGACAGCAUCCAUGGCGCAUCGACUGUGAGUCAUCGCACUGGAGCGCCGCCCCUUCGGAAUGGCGUCUCAAUCCUUGACAUUGGAAGCAACGGUGACUUUGGUGAAGGCAUGCCAGCGUUCUCUCUUGAUGGGCGAUUAACAAAUCAGGGACCAAUUUUUUCCCGUUCCUCUUCGCGUCAUUCACCCGUUUUUCGCCCGAUUGAUCAGGUCCAGGAGGCACUCCGCAGCGUCGGGGUUCCAUUUCUAGGGGAUGUGAACUCCUCCAAUGUGGACAUAUUGCAUUAUCGGCAAUGUUAUGGCCCCAAAGCCUACGUGUACACAUGUCUGAAUGUUCUGCUCCGCUACAACUUUUCUGUGCGGUUUGGCUUUAAUGUGCGGCGGCUGUACUGCUUCUACAACACCGCCGUCAAUUACAUUUUUCCGGGGAAUCCAUUUCAUAAUGCAUACCAUGCAUCGGAUAUUGUUUUAGCGGCCAAUCAGUUUUUGUCGGAGCCGCACGUGGCGGAGAACUUCAGUGAUGAGGAGCUUUUCAGUUUUCUUUUUGCCUCCACUGUGAUGAAGCUGGGUCAUGUGGGGAUGACAAACGCAUUUUUGAUUAAAAUACACCACCCGUAUGCUGCAUUGUACGGAUUUUUUUCUCCACAGCAGAGCGUUAGCCUUGCAUUGGGGUUGACAUUGCUAGACACGCCGGAGUGCUGCUUUCCAACCGUUGCCUCUUCACAGGAGAGCGAUCACGAUUCAACGCCGUCGGUGUGGACACAUGAAAAAGGGGUUGAAUUAUAUGAAAUGACAGCGCAACUUAUCAUUUCCACGGAUGAACGUCGUCACCAAGUGCUGCUCAAUCAGCUUCAACAAAUACUGCGGGAAGGUGCGGGGAAUGUCGUGCGUGAAAGCCACCUGAUGAUCAUCCUUCAGAAUGUUCUUCAUGCCGCGGACUUUUGUUAUGUUUUUCGUCUUUCAUCCGUGUACCGAAUUGCCGCCGCAUGUGCCGUGGCUGAGGUGUAUCAACAGAACCAGACACGCAUUUGGCUCACGGAAAGGGGACUGCGACAGUGGCCCUGGAACGGACCUCACGCCGCCACUGCAGGGGAAAAACGGGCCAAGGAGUCAAACAAUAACAUACUUGGAGGUUUCUUUUCUUGCGAGGGAUCUUUCUAUGGCAUGGGCGAAUGCCGUGAACCCGAAAAAGUGCCGUCCAUGUACUCAGAUUUGACGGAGGGCCUCACCCCCAGCAAUCCUUCCCUUACGCCCUCGGUGGGUCAUAUCGGGGAAGCAUCGGGCUUUUCUCCACUGCACCACGCUAAGGUGCUGCAGACGGCGGUUUUGGAGACGGUGUUCCUGCCGUUUAUAUUUACCCUUUCGCCAUUCGUGCCGGACUACUGGUUGACGAAUGCACAGAGCAAUUUGGUGUGGUUGGGGGAAUUCUCUGCGGAUGCCUUUGAGGCCGAUGUGAUGGGGUUAUUGCGCCAUCCGGAGACCGGCGGACUUCGGCUGCGGUCAAUUGGCGCCAAUGGCUUUGAGCGUCGGGUGCUUCGGCGCAUUGUUGAUCCACUUUUUCAGCAACACACGGAGGAGACGAAGUAG